AUGCCCGGCGAUCCGAAGGGGAAGGGCUCCCUCGAUGUGGACGCCAAAACCUCCGCGUUAACCAAGAAGUCACCAUUCGAGAAAGCGAAAGCUGAAGCUGAAGCUAAACGCGCCCGGGAGAAGGCUGAGACGGCCGCGGUCUACGAAGAUUUUGUCAAGUCGUUUGAGGAAGAUACAUCGACAGUUCCCCGAGUCUCAGAUGGACGACCAAGUGCAUUUGGAAACAGAGGCGGUGGAUUGGGAGGAGCGCGGCCGUCGCGACAUUUCCCGAGCUCCGCUCAACGGAAUAGUGGUCCAGGUAGUUUGGAACCUCCUACAGCUCCACCGUCAACUCGCAACCAGAGAGGAUUUGGAUAUUCGCCGCGCAACCGGGAUCCGAUACAAGGGCUUUUGGGGUACGAUCAUACCGGCACGGGUCCAACAGGCCCACGUUCGGCGUUCCGCAACCCCUCGGAGGAUGAAGACGACCGCCGGACUGAUACAAGAGAGGCAGAGAAGGCUGCAGCUAGGUCUACUCUGUAUCUCUCAUCCCUACCUCCGGGGACAUCCCCCUCGGUGCUCAAGUCAUUAAUUCCAGACUUUCUGACCGUGGACCAUGUGAACAUCCUCCGGCCAACUAAUCAGUCACCCACCGAACGAAAGUCCGCAGCUGCCAUCAUCACCUUCGCCAGUGAUACUCCUCGUUCGGAUAUACAGAGUGCCAAGAGCAUGCUUGAUAAAAAGUACCUUGGUCGAGGCUACUACCUAUCUAUUGAUCUUGGCCCCUCCUCUGCCGCAAUCAGCUCAAACAUGCCGACAAAUCUUGCUGCGAUCACCGGCAGUUCACUUCCGUUUGGUGCAAAGUCUAUUCAACCGAGCUUCGGUCGAGGUUUAAGUCGUGCUCCUCCCCCAGGGCCUCAUCGUGGAGGAUUCGCUCCUCCAGAUUCAUAUGGACCCAAUUUGGGAAGAGCUGGAGGCUCUGCACAGGUUGAAGUGCAAGCACCACCAGACAUUAAGCAAUUGAGGCUGAUCCACAAGACUCUGGAAAACCUCCUCAACUAUGGACCUGAAUUUGAGGCAUUACUUAUGAGCCGACCGGAGGUGCAAAGGGAAGAAAAAUGGGCCUGGCUUUGGGAUUCAAGGAGCCCCGGUGGUGUUUACUAUCGCUGGAAGUUGUGGCAAAUUAUUACCAAUCCAAGAGCGCGCAACAAAACCAAAGCCGGCAGCCAGAAGUCGGCGUUCGUAUUCGAAGGCGGGCCAAAUUGGAUGCCCCCAGAGACGGACAUCAAGUUUGAGUACACCACACGUCUUGACGAGUUUGUCUCAGAGGAUGACUACAAUUCAUCCGAUGAGGAGCAAUCUGACGGUGAAUAUGAGAGGCGGAAUCUCGGGGGCGGGCCGCCUCCAGAGGGAGCCACCGCUCAGAACGACGGCCUCGGCUACAUGAAUCCUCUACAAAAAGCCAAACUCACCCAUCUCCUUGCUCGCCUACCGACCACACAUGCCAAGCUCCGGCGGGGUGAUGUUGCACGAGUCACAGCCUUUGCGAUCAAGCACGCAGGCACCGGCGCGCGUGAAGUUGUCGACAUGAUUGUGCUGAAUAUUCUCCGUCCACUGGCAUACACAGGAGCCAAUCCCGAGCGAGAACUAGAGAAAGAUGCAGCAAGACAGGAGGACGGUGACAAAGACACCUCAAACCCCUCCAAGGGGAGAAUAGAUAUGUCCCCAGCCAAACUGGUUGGGCUCUAUCUCAUCUCCGAUAUUCUUGCAUCGUCAGCCACCAGUGGGGUUCCCAAAGGAUGGCGAUAUCGGUCAUUGUUUGAAAAUGCGCUUCGCUCACACAAGAUCUUCGAACAUCUUGGUAGGCUUGAGAAAGACCUGAACUGGGGCAGACUCAAGGCGGAAAAGUGGAAGCGCAGCGUGGGCACUCUUCUCCAUCUUUGGGAGGGCUGGAGCAUCUUCCAGCCAUCGAACCAGGAGCAUUUUCUCAAGAUGCUUGAGCAACCACCACUCACCGAAGAAGAAUUACAAAAGGAGAAAGAGAAGGCGGAAGAUGAACAAGCUGCUAAUGCGAUUUCCAAGAGCAAGAGCCGAUGGAAGACCGUUGAUGAUGAUCCUGCACCUGGACAAUCCGGUCCCAAUCGCCCUGCAAAAGUUGAGAGCCAGGGCCAUCCCGCAGCUAAGCCGGCCGAUGAUUUGGAAGAUGAAUCCAUGAGUGAUAUCGAUGGGAUCCCCAUGGAAGAUAGCGACUUGGAGAUGCCUGACGAUGAUGGGGCACCUAUGGAAGAAGACGGACCACCUCUGGAUGGUGGCGAUGCACAGCAGGUAGCAUUAGAUCAGUCCACGCAGCCCGAGCAGGAAGCCGGGCAUCAAGAGCCAGGAUCGCAGCGCACGCGCAGGCCACGCCCCAAGGCUGAGGACAUGUUUGCGUCAGACUCCGAGUGA